AUGUCGCCGACGCGGACGACCGCCGGCAACGGAGAAGACAGCGGCAGCACCAGAUCGUCGGCGGCGCAGUGGUCCGACAUCCCCGACGAUCUCCUGGACAACAUCCGCCUCAGGCUCGACACGUGGCGCGACCACGCCAGCCUCGCAUCCGUCUGCAUGCAGUGGCACGCUGCCCUGCUGCGGACGGCGCCGCCCGUCAUCCCGCUGCUGCUCCUGUCCCCGCAGAGCCGGUCCAGCAGGACAAUGCGCCGGUGUAUCCGCGGCCCGGCCUAUUGCUAUGUCAUCCCCAUCACGGACAAGGCGAUCAACAAGUGUCUCGUCGGCUCGCACGACGACGGUUGGGUCGCCGCGUUCGACUUUAAGAAACACGAGCUCACGGUCAUGAAUCUUUGCUCCGGUGCCGAGGUGGGGGCAUGCGGCGGUCGAUUGGAGAGUCCUAUCUCUCAUGUCGUUUUCUCGGACCGCCCCACCUCUAUUAGCGGAUGCAUCCUCGCCACCAUUACCAACGGGUCGCGCAGCAUUGCCAUGUGCAAGGUUGGUUGUCGCCAAGGGUGGACCUUACAUGACUGGAAGAACAAGAUGUUCACACACAUCGCCUUCUGCAACGGUGAUCUCUACGGGCUUACAUACCCCGACGAGGAGUUGAUCAAGUUUAAGAUCGGCAUGGAGGAAGACGGCUCGCCCAUGUUCGAAUCAACUCACCAGCUGGCCAUCGAAAGUCCCCACCGUCCCACCACGGAGGACGAUCCGAACGAGUACGAGUGCUAUAUCCUCGAGCUAAAUGGUAAACUAUCCAUGGCGACAAGGGACCGGUGGUUGUCCAAGCAUGAGCCCUUCUUCAAGAUUUUCGAGCUUGUUGACGCCGAUGAUGCCGGCGAUGCUCUCCCACACAAGUGGAUGGAAGUGACGAGUUUUGGUAACUAUGCCUUGUUCUUGGGGCCGACGAGGUCUAAGGCUGUUCCCGUGCCAGUGGGGGCUGAGCGCCACGGUUUCGAGAGAAACCAUAUAUACUACUCUAAAGCUACUCGCUCCGGAGAAACCAUCUUGCCUGGCGACGAAGUGUACUCAUGGAGAUGUGACAACAACCGCCUUAUGUAUUGUAGAGAAGAUCAAAGUAUCGGCGAUGGCCUAGAGAGGACAGGAUACUUCAUAGCUGGCUGGGGAAAUGCUGCUAUGUGGAUACACCCUCCGGACUUGUAUCCAAAGGAACUAGUCACACUCAACAUGCCGGGAGACAUGAUACCAGCUACUUGUUGCUAUAGCUUCGAUUGA